AUGGAUCGGGGGUACAAGCCGUCUCAGGUGCUACGCCUCGUGUCUAAGACGGUGUUGGACAUAAGUGAGGAUAAAAAGGAGGAAAUGGAAGAGUUUCGUGAGCACAUAAAAGGGGAAGAGAGAAGGCUGAUGUCUGCAUUGGCUGCGAUUCAUGACUCUGUGGCAAUGCCAUCUGAGGACGGGUACUUUGUUGCGGCCCAGCUCAAAUCACCAAUGGAAGCAUUGUACCAAGAGGCUAAUGAUUUAAGAGAAAUGACUGUUUGUUACGUUUUGGAGAAACUGGAGUCCGCUCAUCAGAAACUCAGGUUCUUUGCGUCUGCUAUCGAGCUUCAUCUUCGUGUUCGAGCUGUGGGGAAUCAGAGAGAUGCUGAAAGGCAAGCCUCUCGUGCAUGA